AUGACCGCGUAUCGUGAGUUCGAAGCCCAUCAUCGCCAGGCGUUAUGGGAGUCUGCUCAUGUGCUCCAAAUCAUCGUGGGUCCAAGUCGCGCGAAAGACCCUAGAUUGAGCUUCUUCUACGAAGAAAGGCGUCGUCGGCGUUCCUGGUCUAGCCCCCAGUGGAAGGUUGUACUUCGGAUCGUGUUGGAAAUAUUGGUUGGGGGUCAGUGUGACCUCGACAUCCUGUUGGACCCCUUCUUCCUGCACUUUCCAGGACGGUUUGAGACAAGUUGGUGGUAUCCAGGGUUUGGCCGUCGGCAGAACAACAUCCCGAAGCUGGCCUCAGCCUUACACCUUGCGGAUUCCGCUGACCCCUGGCGCAGUCAAUAUCGGGCGGCCAUUGCUGACCACCCAGGCUCGUCAAUCGACCGUCUCCGGACCAAGUUUGUAGCGCAGUGA